AUGUUCUUCUUUCUUCUCUUCAAAUGUAUCUUCCUUUCCAUUAUUUACGUAGUCUUCCUCACUCAGUUUCCUUUCUGCCUCGAUUUCCUUUCUCUAUCGUUCUCAUUGACUCAUCUUUCUUCUUUUUUAUUUUGCUUUCUUCUAACUAAUUCUUUCAAGAAAAGAGAAUAUGUUCUCUUUCUACGCUAUAUUCUCUUCUCUCUUUUCACUCCGUCAAUUUCGGUAUCUAUCUAUUUAUGCCAGUCCGUUCGUAAUCUAUCUAUCUAUCUAUCUAUCUAUCUAUCUAUCUAUCUAUAUAUAUAUAUCAGUAUGUUCAUAUCUAUCUAUCUAUCUCCUUUUAGAGAAAACGGUCGGGUUUCAGUGGGACAGAUUUCCUCCGAGAAAAGACCCGCGCAGAAUGUUGGCAUUCGCGCCUUCAAAACGUUCCUUGCUUGUCCAUUCCAGAUUAAUUACGCAUCUUCUUUCUAUUUUAUUAUUAUCAUUUUUUUCCUCAACACCACUUUUCUUUUUUCUCGGUUCGUUGUCACCUCUUUCUCUCUCCUUCCCUCUCUCUCUCUCUCUCUCUCUCUCUCUUUAUUGCUCCUAAUUUUCCGAGACUCUCAUAUCUAUCUAUCUAUCUAUCUAUCUAUCUAUCUAUCUAUCUAUCUAUCUAUCUAUCUAUCUAUCUAUCUAUCUAUCUCAUUCUAUUCAUAUCUAUGUAUCUAUCUCUUUCUAUUUAUAUCUAUGAAUAUAUCUUAUUCUAGUCAUUAUCUCAUUCUGUUCAUAUUUAUCUCAUUCUACUCAUAUUUAUGUAUCUAUCUCAUUCUAUUUAUAUCUCUGCAUCUAUCUAUUUCAUUCUAUCCAUAUCUAUCUAUCUAUCUAUCUAUCUAUCUAUCUAUCUAUCUAUCUAUCUAUCUAUCUAUCUAUCUAUCUACCCUAUAA